AUGGUUUCCGCAAAGAAGCACGUUCCGAUCAUCAAGAAGCACCCCAAGAAGUGGCACCGACAUCAGUCAGACACAUUCAAGUGUGUGCCCUCAGCAUGGAGGAAACCAAAGGGUAUCGACAACCGAGUCCGAAGACGGUUUAAGGGCCAGAUGGUCAUGCCAUCGAUUGGUUACGGCUCAAACAAGAAGACCCGACACAUGAUGCCCUCGGGCCACAAGGCUUUCCUCGUCCACAACCCCAAGGACGUUGAGCUUCUCCUUAUGCACAACCGAACAUACGCCGCCGAGAUCGCAUCUGCUGUUUCCUCGAGAAAGCGAGUUGAGAUUGUCGCCAAGGCAAAGGCUCUCGGUGUCAAGGUCACCAACGGCAAGGCCAAGAUUACGACCGAAUCAUAA